AUGGAGGGGUGUUCCAAGCACGCUUCAAUGGAUCAGACCAUUCAGGAGAACAAGACAGAAUCAUUACCAUUGGGCGAAAAAAUCCCCUUAGAAACACCGGGUCCGUCGUAUCCUGCAACUACCACCUAUUACGGCGCCUGCAAAUACAUAUCCAAUAUCCAGCCAAUGCACAACAACAAUGGUGCUGCCAUCGAACACGUCCAUCAAUACCGCCUUGGAAAAUUGUCACCAAUACGACGCGCCCCGCCGUGCCCAUCAGAGCAGGAAGGCAAGCCAGCAGAAGCCAUCCCCGGAUACGUCACCGAAGCCGUUCACAGUUUCGCUCUAGACCAAGUUAAGGAGCUACAGUUGGAGCUUUCAGCAGCAAAAGCAGAAAUUGAGGUUAUUCAAAAGAGUUAUCGCGACUUAGCUGCCUGGACAUAUAACGAGCGGGUCCGCCUAAUGGGUGCAUUGGCAGCUCUGCGAGGCGUGCAGCAAGCAAAUACAGAGAAGGGUGAGGUGGCAUUUCAUGAGGUAGAAAAAGACACAGAGAAUGAACAGUGUUUGUCGUUGAAUGCGCAAAUCGAUGAACUUAUUGAGGAGGAAAAGUGUCGUCUCUCCCGCUCGUAG